GCUGGUGGAAUUUUUGGUAGUGCCAGCCCAUCGGUUACUAAUGUCUAAGCCCUGGUACCUUUAAAUAUAUGGAUGUACAUAUGGAUACGUAUAUCUAGGUAUAGUGCGCGCCUUUGGGUAUCAAUUACGGUAACAGCCACAGUAGCUCGUGUCCAUUACGGUAAAUAGAACGUAAACAGGAAGUGACCUCAAAAUGAGCGGCAACGUUUUUUGGUGGAGAAGACGAAGAUUGAGCUCGAGCUGAAAUGACAGAAAAUGGCGCUCAGCUUUUUGCUCGUCUGGAGACCCGUCCCUGUCUUAAGGACAUUGAACCUCAAUUGUUUCCAGAGGGUGGCGGACCAAACCACGGUGAGGUGGUGGAGCUGUAUGGAACAGAGGGAACAGGCAAGACAGAAAUGCUCUACCACCUUCUCUGUCGCUGCGUGUUGCCGGUGGCAACCGGUGGUCUGGAGGUGGACGUUGUCUUUGUGGACACCGACUACAGUCUGGACAUGUUGAGACUGGUCAGCAUCCUGGAAAGCAGACUGAAUGCUGGUUCUUCCUCUUCAGCCGAGUCCGAUGAGGCGGCGUUACGCUUGUGUCUGUCUCGCCUCCUGGUGGUCCAUUGCUCCUCCUCCUCACAGCUCCUCCUGACCCUCCACUUCCUGGAGACUUCCCUGUCGUCGCGGCCUGGACUUGCUCUUCUCCUUAUUGACAGCAUCUCCGCUUUCUAUUGGCUGGACCGCUGCGAGGGCGGGGCCAGCGCCAUCAGGCAAGAAGAGAAACUCAGAAAGUGUGCAGAGCUGCUGGGUCGGCUGCUAAGUGAUUACAGAAUCACGGUCUUCACCACAUGCCACGCUAUCAAGAAGGUCUACAAUGGACCCUCCUCCGGCUCGGGCUACGACCGGCCGUACCUUUGUCGCCCCUGGCAACGCUUGGUGACCCACCGGCUGCUCUGCUCGCGGCAGGAGACAAACAGCGUGGCUCCCUCAGCAGGAGGCAGCGAGGAGCAAAGUCGACGCCAAGUCUUCACCGUCCACUGCACCUCCUCCGGCUCCAGGACCAAGGCCUACAGGAGCAGCUCCUUCUGUGUAACGGAUGGAGGAGUGAAGUUCAUCUGAAAUGCAGGACGUUAAACAUCAUGUCCAUAAUAGUGUGCGGUUGGUUUGUACUUUCUAUGUUUGCUACUUUCCAUUAAAGCACUGAACCAUAUGUUUUGAUGGAAGGAAUGAGGAGGGGGAGCUAUUGCUGCUUUAUGAUGAAGCUCCACUUCAGAAACACGAUUAGUACUCACCAAGCUGUUUAUGGUUCAAUUAGAAUUAAUUAGAGUUCUAGUGGUUAUUUAGGUGUUUUGUAGUGAUUAUCGAGAAGGUAACUGUUGAACAGGGCUUAUGUUCGAAUUCAAAAUCAGUAUGUUGCACUUAGGGUUAGGGUAUAGUAACAAAAAGUUAAUAUAUUAGAGAAUGUAGCCUUCUACUUUUUGAAGUUAUGUUUCAAAAUAAAAACAACAUAAUGCUUAAAGAAUAUCCUUCGGCCUGUUGAAUGGGACGGAUGGCAUAUUUCAUAAUAAAGGAAUGAUGUAAUGUUAAAGAAUGUAUUAUUUUACCUGUUUAUGUGGUUCAAUUUUGCUCCUACUUUUUUAUCUUAUUUUAAGUUGACUUAUUUUAAUCUUUGUAUUUAUUGCACCAUCCACCAAGACCAAUUCCUGAAUGGUUUCUGGGUUUGAACAUUGUUGUGUGUAUUGAUGUAUUUCAAAAUAAAUUAAAAAUAUAAUGCCAAAAAUAAAAUCAUUUUGCCUAUUAUAUGGGACUGGUG